AUGUUAGGCGGAGUUAGGCUAAGUAGGGACAAUGGGAGCAGAAGUGCGGCGAUGUUAGGCGGAGUUAGGCUAAGUAGGGACAAUGGGAGCAGAAGUGCGGCGAUGUUAGGCGGAGUUAGUCGAAGGAGGAAGAGGAUGGCCGAGGGCUCGGGGAAGUUGGACGAAGUUAUGGGUUCCCAUUCUCCAUACAUAAAAUUCUUCUAUCAUUGUCAUAUCUUCUUGUCACAUACGAAUUUCCCCCACGAUUUUUCAAUGACUACAAGUCAAAUUACGAAGUUCGAGAUAUGGCGAUCUUGUUGUGAGGACGGCGUCGUGGCCAGAGGAGGUUUCAGAUUUUCCUGGAAUUUCAUUACGGGAAUUACGUUGUCAGGAAGUUGGUUUGAGGAGAAGGUUGUUUUGUUCUUUUCGGCGUUGAUGUUCGCUCACGAGGACGUUCGCGCUCAAGGAGGGGGCGACUGUCACGCGGCGCCGCGUGACAUUAUCCUUUUCCCAUCAAACGAAGUUCCUUUGGACAUCAGUUCGCCAUCAACGACCCAGUUCGCAUGA